CGGCGCGGCCCCACCCCCGACUCCGGCGUUGGUCGCUAAGGAGCGGAGCUGGCCGGGCAGUUCCCAGAGACUGCCUGAGAUGCUGAGGUUUCAAUGCUGAGCACUACAUGCUGUAUUACGGAGCUGCUCACCUUGGCUCAUGGGGAAACUGCAGAGUAAAAUCAACUGCAGCACCUCCAAAUACAGGCCUGAUGAUCAUGUGGAAGAGGACAGGCCCGCGCAGGCUGUUCAGCAAUACACCCCUGCUCACACUGGCGCUGUCACUUCUGUGGCUGCUCUAACAUCAGAUCUCUGUGUGUCAGGAGGAAAGGACAAGACUGUAGUUGUGUAUAACUGGAGAUCAGGAGCUGUGCUGAGGAGGUUCGUGGGACAUCAACACGAAGUGACUAAGGUGGCCUGUGUCUUUGAAUCCAACAGUUUUUUCAGUGCCUCGCGUGACAAGACAGUCAUGAUGUGGGAGCUACACAGGAACUCAGGGCCGAGCCAGCACUUCCCAGGACAUGACUUGGUUGUAACUGGACUGGCGGUGAGCCCAGACUCUUUACAGCUGUGCACAGGUUCACGGGACAACACCAUGUGCAAGUGGGACAUAGAGACCGGGGAAUGUCUGCAGAGAGCUGCCAUUUCCAGGAAUCUGCAGGUAACACACCUGUGCUGGGUUCCUGCAGAGCCGUAUGUCAUUCAGACGUCAGAGGAUAAAACAAUCAGGAUCUGGGACAGCCGGGAGCUGCAAGUGGCCCAUAGGUUCCCGGUAAAGCAGUAUAUUCAGACCUACUGUGAUGUAAGCCAGGAUGGACGGUACUGCAUCAGUAGCAGCAAUGGCUUCAGUGGGGAGGGCUGCGAAGCCACACUGUGGGACCUAAGGCAGACAAGAAGCCGCGUGCGUGAGUUCAAGGGGCAUUUCCAAACCACAGCAUCCUGUGUCUUCCUUCCCAAGGGUCUUGGUCUGACCCCAGUCGUUGCCACUUCAUCACAUGACUGCAUGGUGAAGAUCUGGAACCAAGACAGCGGAGCCUGCCUGGUCACCUUGUGCCUUGAUGGAUCCGGACCCCUUGCUUCCCUGGCUGUCUGUGACAGCUCCACACUUCUCUGUGCCAGCUUCAACUCGGGAAUUCACUUACUCAGGAUAAACAGCAUUAAAGGGCUGGAGCUCCAGGAGGUGGCAACAUUCUGAUUUGUAGUGACCCUCUCUGCCCCAAACCAUCAUGGUCAAAAUCCAAAGCAGGAAUUGCCUCUCUGGUUAAGAAGUCUCUCGGUCGUUAGUACUCAUUUCCCAGCUGACUAGGUUUAAUGGCCAGGCACCUGUAAUAUCCCUAGCCCCAAAUCAGCAACAGUGCAGAGCCAGCAGGGUCAUCAUCAGGUUCCUGUUUCUGAGAUUAUGGAAACUAGCUGCAUCCAUUUUUAAAGCCAAGUCAUAGAUGCAUUUAGGCCAAAUUUUAACUUAAAAUAAGCCUUGCACAUUUGACACACAAAAUCAAAAGCAAACUAGUUAUAGAUCUAACAGUUAGAUGAGAAAAAGAGACACAAGCAGAGACUCUAGUGAAACAGGCUGCCGGCCUACAGGGAAGUGUAUUUCUGGGAAUAUCCUGCUGACCACAAUGGGGUAGCCUCCAUCCUGUCGUGCAAAC